AUGAGUGGAGCGUGGACGCCGCAAGCGCGGACAACGAUGCCGUCGGCCUUGCGUGGCGCGUGGCUGACACCAACAACUUCUACAAGUACUCACACACCAACGAUGGUGGUGGGUGCCGCACGGUCUAUCUUAUGGAUCAGAGAUGGCGUGCGUACGGAAUUGUGGCGAGCUUCGUCGUAUGCGCCCUACUCGCAGUCCUACAGCACUCCGUACAAUUUCAGAGUGAGGGCAGUGGGAUGCAAUUUCGUGGGUUACUACAACGGUGCCCAGGACUUCGACAUUACCGAUUCCGAUUGCGUGGCGACUGGGGGUGUUGGCCUAUACGCUUGGGGUAACAGUGCUAGCCAGUGGAACAACAUGCAUCUGACUGCGUUGGCCUCAACUCCUGCCCCCGCGACUGGCGCGUCGAGCGGUGGGGGGGCUGCAAGCGCAACUGGCGACCCCCACCUGCAAAAUGUUCAUGGCCAGCGGUUCGACUUGAUGAAGCCAGGCAAGCAUGUUCUGAUCAACAUCCCUAAAGGAGAGAGCGCUGCGGACGCGAUGCUUCGAGUGGUGGCCGAGGCGCGUCGCUUGGGUGGAUGUUCGGAUAUGUAUUUCCAGGAGCUGAAUGUCACGGGGUCUUGGGCAGAGAAACAACAAGCUGGAGGGUACCAUUACAGUGUAUCGCAGCCUGCUGCCGAGCAUCCAGAAUGGGUUGCCUUUUAUACGGUUGAACUGAAGGUCGUUCAUGGACGUACCCAGAGCGGCUUCGAGUACUUAAACCUGUACGUCAAGCAUUUGGGGCGAGCCGGAUUCGCUGUGGGAGGUCUACUUGGCGAUGACGACCACACAGACGCAAGCACUGUUCCAGUUGCUUGCCGUAAACACGCUGUGGCGCUUGUGGCUGGGAGUGAUGACGACGAUCAGCCCAUGAUUUCAUCCGCAGAGGCAAGCAACCUCUGA